UGGUCCUGUGUUGGGUGAAAGGACGUAUUUGCCACAGUGGUUAAUGUUUCCGUUGUUCGCGGAUGGAAAUGGCAGUGUUGUUGGCGCGUGAGGCAACGCGGGUUGCAAACUGUGUGAAGAUGAGGACAAGUGACACGUAAUAGCGUGUCACAUAUUGGCAAAGCGUACUAAGGGGUUUUGUAAUAGUAGUAGAGUUUAUUUGUAGUUGUAUGUGGCACACAUUCGGGUUUGCCCAUUUAUCCGAAAUACAACCCGUUUCACAACUCAUUUCAUACAUCCACAUCCCCACAUGUAUAAACUGGUAACUCGUUUCGUAUUUCCCACAAUGAAGAAACCCUAAUAUAGCGAUUUCGUGUAUUCGAUAGAUUUCGAUUGAACGCAAAUCCCGUUGCGUGAUUCGGGGGAGGGAGGAGCGAUACUGAAGCGUGUUUGCAGCGUUACGUUGACUGAAGAUUUGUGUGACAUUGUCGGGCGUUCAAAGUUUCGGAACCAUAUUCUCAGGUUUUUGUGUUCGUUGGGUUGUCAGACGUCUGCAAUGGCCGAACAAGGUAUGUCACGUAACAUUGGUUUUGAAAUAUUUUUUUGGGGUUUUGUUUAGUCGACGUAUUUGGUGUUUGGUGUUUUUGUUUGGAUUACCGGUAUGAUUGGUUGGGGUUAUGUGUAAUCGAGCAGGUUUUUUGGGCGUGUGUUUUGUUUUAGGGGGUAUUUGCGAUGUGGAUGUUGGGCGUGUGGUUUUGGGUUUGUGGUGGGAUAGUGCGGUUGUGUGUUUUGUUGUUAUGCGUAGUUGGUUUCUUGGUUGUGAUUGUGAUGAUGUGUGCUUUUUGGAUGGUUGUGUGGCUGGCAGUUGUGGUCAAUGUAGUUGUAAAUAUAAUAUAACAAAAGUUGGGACCACAGGAAAUGGUAUGUUUUUUGUAGUGAUUUGUCCUGCAUAUGUAGUGGUGGGAUCCCCAAUUUUUUUUUGGUGUGGCAGACAGUAAACGGGAAUAGUUGUGGUGCUGGUACGCUAUUAUGUUAUUUUGUGAAUUUGUGCAUUAUAUUAAUGGUUUUGGAGUUAGGUUUGGGCAGUUGGUUGGUUAUGUGGUUUAUGUUAUUGUGUGUUAUAUUAUUGUGUGUUUUGAUUGUUGUGUGGAUGUGGGUUGGUGUUUUGGUAAACUGGAUAGCGUUUGAAUGUGGUACAUGGGUGUGCUGGUAUUUGGUUUUGUGUUGGUUUUUUAUUUCUCUGUAAUGACUGCUGGAUGUGGUUGUGUGGGAUGUAUGUGAUUUGAAAUGAAUGGUAAAUCUGUUUGUGGUUUUGUUUUUCAGAGCGCGAUAUGGUAAGGAGUCCGUGGACACGUUCAUGUGAACGUAAACGUGUUGAGGGGCAAACGGGGUCACAUGCAAACAACCUUGGAGUGAAAAUGCAGGGGCGAAUCCUAUUCAAGCAAGCUAAAAUAAGAAAAAGUGAAGAUACACGGUCUGUGGGUAAUCUUGUAACGGGGUGCCAGCCUAAACACAACACGAGGAUGAAUUUCCGUUCAAACAUUGCAGGUAUAGUGAAGCUUGUGAGUUUGGCAAACCUGCAGGAGGGACACUUGAAUCAGUUGAGAAGAACACCAUUCUGGGUUAUGAUAGAGGCGAUACACGUCAACAAGUUGAUCCAUAACGAAUUCCGAAAGUGUGAUGAGUUAAUCUGCAAAAUUAUAAAGGCAUACAAUGAGCGGGAGAAUGCAUUCAACAUUGGAGGUUCAAUGGUGAAAAUUGGUACUAGUGACAUUAGGUUAAUCUUUGGAUUACAAUGUGGGAAGAGGCGCAUGGACUUGUCACCUGGACAAAGACCAGCAUCGGACUUCAUUCAACGUAGGUGUUCUGGAACUUCACGCCUAACAUCGAAACUAGUGAAGACGUUAUUUUUAGAGGCUGUUAGUGGUCAUAGCAAACAAGAUGAGGAAGACGCUGCGAAGUUAUUAGCGCUGUACAUUUGUGGGAAGCUUUUUUUUGCCAACUCCGGCGAGACAAUAAGUUGGACAUUUGUUCGGUAUUUGAACAAUCUGAAUACCGUACGGAUGUAUGACUGGACAGGCGCAAUCUUGUCAAUGUUGAUGGGGUCAGUCAAGGAGUUUCAUAAAACGCCGGGAAAGGUGACUGGCUGCGUGGUUGCGUUGCUGUAUUGGUUGUGUGAACAUUCGACAAUAGUGGAGCCUGACACCGAAAACAUGUUUCCAAGGUUCCUUAAAUGGGGCAUUGGAACACUGCUGAACAGAGCGCAAGGGGUAGAAUUUGGUGGUGCUGUAACGUUCCAGGUAAAGACUGAUCGGCUGAGGUCUCUUCAGUAUGAACGGGAAAUGAUGGGAUUGGAUGUCGAAGCGGCUGACAGAGAUGUGGCCGACGUUGUUGACAUUGGAGCACACAAUAUUGGCGGAGAAGAUGAUUUUGUUGACAAAGUUAAUGUAAUGAAAGAGACAGUUGAUUUUGGAAUGCGGGGUGGGAGUGUUGAGGCACGUGGGAAGAACAAAAUUGGCAAGAGUAAUGCAGGUAAUGUGCGUGAUCAAUCAGUGGGUGUGUUCGGCGCUGGGCUGGAUGUACAGCGUGAAUCGAGUAGUGCAAAUGAAAAUUACACGCAGGUGGAGUCUAAACUAGAAGAAGCGUUAACUGCAAUCACGACACUUCAGCUGCAGAACAAAAACAAGGACAAUAUGAUAUCACGCCUUGAAGAAGAGAUUACUAAGUUGAAGAGUAAGAGCGAUUUGCAGGCUGUGAACAUAGUUGGUGGUUUUGGGUGUGUUUUGAAGAUGAAAGAUGAGGAGCUUCAAAAGUUGAGGAAGGAGAAUGGGGAAAUGCAGGUAAAAAUUUCAGUACUGGAAGAACAACUGGAGGACCGCGACGUGCAUGUUGUCACGCAAGCAUUCCGUGACGCUGGUGAUAAGCAAGUUGCUGGGGGAAGUGGCACGGGUUGCAGUGGGUAUGGGGGGUCGUUUUUGUGUGAUGUGUCACCGUUACGAGCAGUCAAUGAUUGUUCAUGGCAGGCAUGCAAUGAACCGAAUGAGGUGGAAGUGCAUGAUCCAAUGGAUGUCCAGCAGUGUGAUGUGGAAGUAGAAGUGUUGCCAUAUGUGGGUGAAGGAGUACCGCGGUUGGGCGGGCUAAAUUCGUUGGUACGUAACAUUAAAGGCAAAGUCAGAAAGGAGCGGAAGUUGGCAGACUAUGAGUACCCAUUGUUAGGGAUUCGUGAUAGAAGGAGGGGAUCAGAAAGCGAUAAUGUUGGGGGAGAGAAGCACUGUGUGAUUGGUAAUGCUGUUAUAGAUGUGGAUGCAGUUGAGGUAGAUGGGAAAAAAUGGUCGGGAUUUGAUAUCAACAACAGGUUAGGCGUGUGGAAGAUGAUGACAUUUGAAGAGAAGACGAAGAUCAAACAAGCGUACGAUCGUAACGGCGACGGGGCUAUUGUGUGGGCAGACCGAGGUACCGGUGUGACGGUAGACUUUUCUGAUUUGAAGGGACUGGUUAGACAAAGCAGUAUACGGGGCAAUGUGAUUGAUGCAUAUACGGAGCUGUUGAAAACUGAUCAGUUGAAGGUGUUGGGAAAUGAUGAGCAGGCAGACAAAUCAUAUUUUUUCAGUAGUGUUUGCCUGGAUAUGGUGAAAAGCGCAGAUGUGAGAGGGUUUGAUAAGUUUGUGCGGAAGAAUAUUUCUGCCGGUACCAUGUGUCGGUUCAUGCAUUUUCCGAUGUGUCAUAAUGGACAUUGGACACUUGUCGUAUAUGAUACUGAGAGCGGGGACUGGAAGCAUUACAAUCCGAUGAGGCAGCGUAUGGACAGGGUGGACGUGCAUUACACGGAAGCGCUUUUGUUGAAGGAUCGGGUGACGAACGUAAUGAAACAGUCGCUGCUUGAGUUGGGAAUGGAUGUUCUUAGCAUCGAGUCGGAUUUUGAUCAUGUGCUGGAGGCUGUGAGUAGUUGCCCACAGCAAAAAGCGGAAUCGCUUGACUGUGGGAUAAUUGUGUGUGCCAUAAUGCGCCAAUACGUGCACCAAUGUGAUGUGGAACGGACACUGCAAGGUUCCAACUGCAGCGUGUUGCGUGCAAAUAUGGUGAAGUCUUUUGUCAAUGAUCCGGUGCGGGGGUUGGCAUAGUAUAUAUGUCUGCUGGUGUUUGUUUUUGGGCUGAUGGCAUUAUCAUUAAGUUAGAUAUAUUUUUGCGAAAUGUGCAUAUGACAAUUUCUUGUUAGAAAGGUUGUUAUUCCCGUGUAGUUAUUUAGGUUUGAAACAUACUUUUAGUAGUUUUUGGUGUUGGUUUUUGAAGUUGUUCAACGUAUAUGUUUUGGUGUUGACAUACAGUCGUUGUGCAGUACUUGUCACGGGUUGUGAAUGAAAUAAUUUUGG